GAUGCUGCCUCCCGGAGAGGCUGCAGCUCCUGAGGACAGCGACCGGCGCCAAGCCCAGAGAGGAGGCUGACCAUCCGCUGGGGAACGCACGCGGAUCCGGAGCUGCCAGGUUUCUUCUGGUUGGUGGAGACCAACUCUGAAGUCACAACCAUGGCUCAACCUGUCAAAGCGAUUCCCACUCUCUUCCUAGGGGCAAUCGUUGCUAGUUUAUUUCUCAUUUAGAGAGUAUGCAAAGAAGGAAUGUCCAGGUGAAUCUUGAAAGGACUUUUUGGAUCUUUGACUCUACAGCUCAUGGGGGUUUCUCAAAGGCGCAGAAGCUCCAUACAACAUCCUUCCCAAGGUUCUUAUUUCUUUGCAGGAACUUUGCUGCUACUUUGUUUUGUUGCAGCGAAGGGUUGCCCUAAGAUCUGCCACUGCUCAGACAGGAGUGGCAUGGUGGUACAAUGCACCUCGCGCAAUCUGGAGAACAUCCCGGCCAACCUGCCGAGGGACACCGUUGUUCUCUUGCUGUCAUCAAACCGCAUCAGGCACAUCCCGAAGGAGGCCUUCGCAGACCUGCAUCGCCUCAGGGAGCUGGAUUUAUCGCACAACUUGCUCGAAAGCGUGGACGACGACUCCUUCCUGGGAGUUUUGGACAGCCUGCGGACCUUGGAUCUUUCAAACAACCAGCUCAGCGGUCUCCCGAGGGGAACUUUCGCCAAGCUGCAUGCCCGAAUCCGUCUCUCCAACAACCCUUGGCACUGCGAGUGCUCCCUCCAGGAGGUUUUGAGGGAACUGAGGCUGGAUCCAGAGACGGUCAACGAGGUCAGCUGCCACACAUCUGUCCAGGAGGAGUACGUGGGACAGCCGGUGAUCCAGGUCUUGGACUCGGGCAUCAACUUUUGCAAUUUCCACCACAAAACAACAGAUGUGGCCAUGUUCGUAGCAAUGUUCUGCUGGUUCUUCAUGGUAACAGCUUACAUUGUGUAUUAUAUCAAACACAACCAGGAGGAUGCCAGGAGGCACAUGGAGUACCUAAAGUCCUUGCCCAGUACGUCCCAUAUCAGCAAGGACUACGACACGGCCAGCAGUGUGUUUUAGAGUCGGAGUAAAUCAUAGGGAGAGCACAUAAAAAUGCAUUUCUGUAGAGUCAUGUACUUGGGAUACAUCAAUCCACUGCACUAAUACUUCACAAGGUUGGCCAAACAUGUAAAACAAAACAACUUUAUUUUUUUCUGUGAGUGCAAUUAGCAGUAAACAGCCAACGUAAAAUUAAUAAUAAAGCCUGAAGUCGCACAAAGACAAGAAUUAGACUGAGCAGAUCUGCCUUUAUUGAUCAGGUACAUUGUCUCUGAUACCCGAUCUAGAAUUUCUAUUUAUAUCAGAACCAAUACAAAUAUUAAUUUGGGAUAUGUGCAUCUCUAUUAUGUACAGGGCUGUGAAAAGGCAGAUUUUUACCUUUUUUGCUUAUUUGUUGCGCAUUUCAAAUUUUAAUAUUAGAAAGACAAUAUGAAUAAAAGCAAAAAGUAGUGUUCAUGAAGUAGCCUAAAAGUCCACAUAAAGCAACAAAUGACCCCAAGAUAGAGAAAUAUGAGAACAAAUUAGAAACAAAGUCAUUCACAUCCAUCACCCUAGAAAGGGUCAGUAAGCCAUUUCUGAGUGUCCAGUGAGCUGUAGUGAAAGUUAUUAUCCACAAGUUCUCCAAUGUGGCUGAAUUAAAAGACAAAUGGAUCGAAAUAGUUGCCAACAAAAGGUAGCAAAAAGAGAUAUUUGAUGUAGAGCGCAGCUGGUUUUUUAACAAAGGAUUUAGUUGGUUUGGAGAACUUUUUUAUUAUUAUUAUUAAAUGAAGACAUGAUUUCAAAACAGUUUUUUGUAGCUGCUCAGGUGUCGUUGAUAUUAAAAUAUCUUAUAGAAGAAAUCUGGAAAUAAUGAAGACAUAACGGUUAUCAUCCUGAACUUUAAAUACAAAUGGGAGGGAAAAUACAGAAUUAGCUGUUUGGCAAACCAGGGAAUGAACUCACUGUAUUCUGUCUUCACCCACGGAUAAAUAUUGAGAGUAUAUUAAGUAUAAGAGUUUGUAAACUGAAUGACAUGUCAAUUGAAGUUGAAGUACAUGUUACAGUCGAAUGCCUAAUAUUUCGCUUUAGACGGGAGAAACUUUAGUCACUUUUAGAAAUAAAAAAAAAGAUAAAAUACUCUUACUAAGACUUGAUUAUUGUUUCUUUGGUAGAAGAUUAUAAUCUGGUUCACGAGUUGAAAUUUGUAGUCUUUUACUAUUUCACACAGGGUCAAAAUUAUGAAUAAAUUGUACAAAUAUGUCCAUGUACCUCCCGUUAAUAUCAGAUAUUAACGGGAGGUACAUGGACAUAUGCCUUUUGAGCCCAUCAACAAACUUUACUAAUAAUUCUGACUACAUAUUUACUCAAUCUUCUUUAUAUAGUUGACAUAAUAUAGUUGUCGGGUUCCGUGCAAAUACUUGGCUUGACAAUAAGUUGUUUCUCCACCAUUUCCACACUUAGCAGCACAUACACAAGGAUAACUGACAGUGUUAAGACCCUCUCCCUGGCUCUGAUUGGUUGAUUUUGGUCGGGAGCGGUGGUGAUAAUGCUGGAUGGAGGUGAAGGAGAUCAGCCUUUUCACAGAUUAUCUGUCUCAUAUUACACUGUGACAGUUUUCAGAAAUGUAAAAAAAAACAAAAAACAUUUUUU